UGUAUUAUGUUGACGUCUUUAAAGCAAAACUUGAAUUCAAAUCAUCCAGUGCUAAGACCACGUGAAAGAUUUUCCUUCAUCUUAGUCAGCCAAUUUGUUUAGGUUGUCGCUUCACAGCUUGGCUGACACGUCUGAUUUAGUAACGUACAUUUGGUUAAGAAUCUUUAAUGUCUCCCCUUCAAAUGGAUACUAAACACAAAGCACUUAUUCGGAAGUACAGACUCUAUUUAUCUAAUCAGCUUUUGGUCGACGACACGAUUGUUCAACUCUUAUACCAAGAGGAUAUCUUAACAGAGAGCCAAGUGGAAGAGAUUCAGACGCAAAACACAAGCAAAAAGAGGGCUUUACGGUUGCUAGACAUUCUACCUACGCGAGGACCCCGGGCUUUUGAAGUGUUUCUAAAAUCAUUAGAGCAAGAAUUUCCCUGGGUGAAAGAAAAGAUACUGCAGGACUUGACGCUAGAAGACAGCAGCGAGCCCCUUUUGAAAGCUUCAGAUCAGUGGGGUGUCCCUGACCACAUCCUCCAGAAGGUUCCGUCAGACAGGCAGUUGAACCGCCUGGCAGGUUGUUUGGGCCAAGAAUGGGAGUCUGUCCUGCUUGACCUUGGCUUGACGCCUGAGGAGCUGUACCGUUGCCAUGCUGACCACCACCUUUGCAUGCGGAGCCAGGUCUUGGCAGGACUGGUACUGUGGAAGCAGUCCCAAGGUAGAAGAGCCACAGUCCAACGCCUUCUCCAGAGUUUAGAAGCAGCAGAGCUUCACCCGUCUUCUCUGGGGGACAUAUUUCAAUGAGGCCAGAAGAGACAGGAAAAGCUUAUGGGUCCAUGUUUCUCAAUUCCAUGGGAAAUGCUUCCCGGUAUUGGGUGUCACAGUGUUUACCACCGGAUCUUCUUUAAAAAUGGGAUUUCCAGAACUAUGGCACCGAUUUGAAUCCGCUUAUUUUUUAAAGCAGUCUUCAGGACUACAGCAUUAAAAACUACUUUUUCCAAUGAAAGACUUCCACUCACAUUUGCAGCCUUUUGGAACAGGUUGAGAUUAGAACUGUUCCUUAUGUAAUAAUAAGGAGAUCUGUACAAUAUGCCAGGCAUUACCGUGCCUACUUUGUAGCUGAUACAGACAGAUUUAUUAAAAAUAAGAAGAAACCCAUAAGGGAAUUGAAACCAAGGGUUUCUAGCGGUUAGGUGCAUAUUUGUACUGCAGUGCCUUGUCCUGGAACACACUGUGAUUUUUCUCCCCUUAAUGAUGAGGUGAUGGAAUUUAUAUACCACAACUGCUCAGCAGUCAGAGCAGAAAUAUGACAACAAUACCCAUGUUUCUAAAUCCAGAACAUUUCUGACAAUUCAGAAAUCUGUUGUACUGUCAUGGACAAAUACACAGGCAGUUAUCCACUUGUUGGUCUUGUCACAUUUUUUCAGAUUCUCCAUGAUUUUGCAAUAAUUUGUAAAAUUCCUCAUAAAUUCCUUUAAUGGCAAAAAUUGGACGGCGUAUUCACACUGUUGAUUAAAUGUGGAUAGUGUGAAAGAGGUGGAUUCUCCUCAAAAACUGCCACAAGAGGAGUACUGUAAGAUAUAAUGUGACAGCUAUAUAUACACUGAUCCUCAACCAUCAUCUUCAUGUCAGAAUACAAUUGAUAAAUUGUGUUGGAAACUUCAAGUAUUACUGUGUGAAGGUCUCUAACGACAACCUGUCCUUUUCCAAGAUAUGAGUGAUUUCAGUGAUUAGCUUGAAUUCAUACUAGUCAUUUUUUUUAUUUGGAUCUCCAAAGCAGCAGCUACUUACCCAAUCAUCUUAAAAUGGAAAUCCCAUCCACAGUAAAUAAUGAAUUAUAGGAGCAUUUGUUGCUUCUCUUGUUCAGAGACCUUC